CCAACUCCCAACUCCCAAACUCCAAUUCCGUAAUUUUGCACCUUUUCCCUCUUUUUUUUUUUGCUUUAGCCGGUUCCCUCCCAAAGCAGCCGGCCCCACACCUCAUUAUCUGCGAAGAACCAGAAGGCAGAUGUAAGAAGUCAGAAGCCGUUCGCGAAGAAGUCGAGCAGCUUCAUUACAGAACCUCCAAAUCCAAGGAUGACAAAUUAUUAUGACGUUGAUGAUAUCUUAGCUGAAGAAGAGCUGGUUCCAGCUGUAUUCCAGAAGACUGCUAAUGGAGUCGGGAUAUUUGAUUGCUGUGAUGAUACAAAUAAGGUGGGAGCCGGUACUGAAGUGGAAAUGCCUUUCUGGCUUGCAUGUGACCUAUAUGUUAAACAAGCAGUGAAGAUCAAAGUUCCGUCAUGUUUUGACACCAAAGAGAGACCAAGAGAUAGACACCGUGAUGAACCAAUAAGAAAAAGGGACAGAACAAAAGAUGAAAUUGGAGCUGAUGCUGCACAUGUAGAUCUGAGAGGUCGAUGCCCAUAUUUUUACGAAUUCGGAUGCAAGAUAGCA